AUGUCAACCACCGACACAGAGGAAUCCCAAAUACAGCCAGCACAGCUGCUGGUAGACCUCAUCCAGGAUCCUUCGCUCGUAUCAGAGGACGACGAGAUGCGUGACCCGUCAUCGCCCGAAACGAUACCCUCCACCCAGGCCGUCAACACGCCAGAUGAAGUCGACAACGGUGCUUCGUCGUUCAGGUUGGAAGUUAGCGAACAGGGCCCUGUCGAUACCAUCAUUCCCUCGUCUGUGACUCCGCCGCCCUCAUCACAGAUGCCGAACGCCGCGGCCACGGGGGCGCCCACCUCUUUAGCAUUUGCAAACUCACAGCGGUCUGGGUACUUCUCCCCUCCCGCGACGACUGGCAUUUUUGGAAACAAAAGGGAUGUCGGAAAUACUGCUCUGGAGUUCAACCCACCCGCGUCGCAAGAGAUUGCCGACGCGUCUAAUGACAAACUUCGCAGCAUGUUGCAGGCAUGCCUUGCGGAGAAUGCCAAGCUGAAGAUGGAAACCGCCCACCACAAGCUGCAGUACAACUUGCUUAGCCUCCAGGCCGACGAAGAUAUGAAGCGAGCGGCGGUCGAAUACGAGAUGACCCGCAGGGAGGUUGAGGCGCUUAGAGUGGCCGAACACACACGACAGGUACGACGCGACCUCAACGCCGCUUCGGAAACCCAGCAGGCAAAAUUGAUGCAACUGAAGGCCUUGUACGAUCAAAAGCUGGAAGAGGUGGAUUUCCUAAACCGAAAACUAAAGGCUGCCAGGAAGAUUAUACAGCAGAAGGAGGACGAGAACAUCAGUCUCUGCGACGAGCGGGAACUGCUCCUCAACAGAAUCCGUGAGAACCGCGAACACUUCCAGAUUCUAUGCAGCCCCGGCGGCAUGUUCUAUAAUGCGACAAUAGGAAGGCAGACGGUUGCGGUUCCGGCGCCUUCCCAACCGCAACCCCGGACUGUCUAUCGCGCUGAUAAGGACCACAGUAAAGGGAACUUUACCAUGCUUCUUCAAGCUAUCGACCAGGAAAACACCAGUGCCCCGUCCACUCCUCGGGGAAUAUCUCACAACGCUGCCAGGCAUACACGAAACGUUCAGUCCAUGUCGUCGCUUCCCACCACCCCUACACAGACUGGCGGGCUUCUCCCAUCUGUCGAUCUAGUGCCACAAACUGAGCCCCCGUACCGUCAUAACCGGUAUAUGCCCGAGACGCCUGUCCGAUCCGCGACCAGGCACAGAAGCCGGGAAAGCACGAUUUCCGCCGAGGACAACGAAGAGCUCGCUCGCCAGGCUCUCCAGUCGGUAGCAGCCGCUUCCUUUGCCUCCCGCAGCUCACAGCAUCAACGGGGCCCUACGCAGCGAAACCCAGCCAACGCCAACGAGGAGGAAGAGGAAGCCUUUGAGAGCCAGGCCAGCCAAGCCGCGACGCAGAUGCCUCGUCGAGACCCCCCAGAGAGUUUUGAGGUAGCUGGCUCGGUUGAGCACUCGCGAAACGGCACGCCAGCACCAGCGGAUAAGACUGCGAAGCUGCAGGCGAAGCUUUUCGGCGGACUCAAUAAGAGCGGGGUGUCGAGCGGCGAGAAGCGCAAGUUUGCCGGACACGGUGAUCCGAUAGAAGAGUUCUCACUGCGGGAUAGGCUGAGCCCGACGAAGAAGCUGAGGACUGUUGGGGGGCUGCGCGAUCCUAGCAAAGUUGGACUUGGGAUUCAGUACAGCCAAGACGCAUAG